AUGAGCAGUCAAAAUUUAUUCUCACCUGUGGAAUCUACUGGAUCGUCUAUACCUGUUGGUGCGGAAGCCAUGAAGUACAACAAUAGCCAUCAUCAUCGUCCUGCUUCAUCUCGAAAAUUAUUUGCUAAUCGCAGCAAUGAAAAUAGAUAUCAGUCAGAAAGUAGUCACGUCCCCUUUGUAGACGAUAAUGAACCACAUGGUGCUCAGUGGGAAAGCAGUGAAGACAGUGGAGAACGUGACCUGAAAGCACCUACAGUGUCUUGCGAGAAGUUGGCCAACCAUGUAGACACUAUGUUCGCGAAAUUGAACGAAGACAUGAAACGUGUAGCUGCGAUCUAUGGUGAUGGGAGCUUCUUUGCGCGAAACUUUGAAACAUACGAUGCUGAAGUGGAAGAGUUGGGAAAACUUAACGAAGCCGAUGCUCGCGCCCAGUUACAACGGUAUGCUCUUCGUUGUCAUGUCAGUGAGAAAGAGAAGGAGCAGCUCCACAAAAGAAAUCGCGAGCUGAAUGUGGGUUAG